AUGUCGGGCCAAGACGUUGAUGCAAACAAAUUCAUCGAGUGGCGAAGUAAAUACAAAUACUACAUAGAUUCAUAUCUUGCGUUGUAUCAGCUGAAAACGGAAAUAGAAGAAGAAUUAAAGUCAAUUCACAAAAUGAUUAAAACAGAAUUGAUUGAUUCAAAGAAAUUUCUUCCCGCAAAUGUAGUAAAAGACAUUUUAAAUAUCAUUCCAUAUAAUAAUCGCUAUACAAAGUCAUAUUUAUUUCUUGCCAAACUCAUAUCUGAUGAUUACCAUGUUACAGAGGUCAGCAAUGUUGCAAUUGUUCCAAACUUCCUGUUAUAUAAAGAAUAUGGAAUUAAAUUAGACAAAUCUGCCAAUUUUAAAGAAAUUAAGACAGAUAAUCUGGACAUUCAUACAGAAAAUUCAAUAUUCAAAGCAAUCAUGUAUAAUGACAAAGAAAAAUUCAUCUCAUUCACAGAACGAGAAGGAUUGGAUGAAAACCAAAAACUUGUAAGCAAUUUAUAUCCAGAUUCUGAUGAAAGAUAUUCAUUACUUGAAUUAUGCUGUUAUCAUGGAGCAGCUGAUUGUUUCAAGUUCUUAAGGAUGCCCUUACAUUCCAUAAAAAUACUUGAAAUAUAUGAUUAUUAUUGUAGUAAAACUUUGGGGCUCUAG